UGGGAGCCUCUCCCCAGCCAUGGACAGCCCCAGUCUUCGAGAGCUCCAACAGCCUCUGCUGGCGGGCAUGGGCUGUGGGCCCCCCAUCCAGAAGCCUGGGGAACCUCAGCUGGGGCCUCCCUUUCGAGAGACAGACUUUGCGGAGUCCCUGGGGGGUUGGCACUUCCUACCGCCACCUCUUCCUUCUGUGAGCGCUGGUCUUGGGGAGCUGGGAACCCCUGACCUGGAGGACCCAUCAUCCAGUGACAGCGACUUGGACUGGGACAGGGGCAGCCUUCUCUCCCCGCUCCUACCCCACGACCACCUCGGGCUGGCUGUCUUCUCCAUGCUCUGCUGUUUCUGGCCUGUGGGCAUCGCAGCCUUCUGCCUGGCCCAGAAGACCAACAAGGCUUGGGCCAAGGGGGACGUCCAGGGGGCAGGGGCUGCCUCCCGCCGAGCCUUCCUGUUGGGGGUCCUCGCCGUCGGGCUGGGUGUGUGCACAUACGCAGCUGCCUUGGUGACCCUGGCCGCCUACCUGGCCUCCCGAGAGCCGCCCUAGUUGCCCCUGCCGCCCCCACUGUGAAUCAGGGGCCGGGAUCCAGGCGCGCCGUUGGCAACGUGGACAAUCUGGGUGGA